UUAUUUUUACUUUUAGUUUCUACAUACAUGUGAUAGAUUUAAAAAUGAUAAUGAAACGUAGUGGGAUAUUCUUUCAUUUGUUUGUGUUCAUAUCCAGAGUCAGAAUUUUCAGGCUGUAUUUGGUAGGCCAUCACCUUGUCCUAAACCACCACUCUUUCUUUCUGUCUCCUCUUUGUCUUCCUUUCAUUUCUCUGUGUUCUUUGUGAUCUUGGGAGAUUGAUAGUGAGUAUGUGUCCAUUGAGGGUGGUGUUAAUCUUCUUAUCAGCAACUCUUGCUGGAUUCUUCCUACUGAGAGGUCUUAAGGCACAACCUGAUCAGACUACCACUGGUCUUGAUCUUGAUGCCAAUGAGUCCUCUGUAGCUAUGAAAGAACCACUCCCUGUUUCCACCAAGGUUCGGUCUGCAGCCUGUUCGGUGUUUUGGACAUGCGUGGACAUGGCAAGUGGGCGAUACUUGUGGAGGACUCUUAUGCCAUCUUCAUCAUCAUCAUCAUCAUCAUCAUCAUCCAUUUGUUCUAACAAGAAGGAUUGAUUGAUGACAGCUGAAGUGAUCCUUCUUCUUGGCUGGUAUUAUAUGAUGCUUGAUUGCAUGGUUUUCAAACUCGUUAAACUAUUAUUGAUUCCUAAAUUAAUACAUCAAGCUGUGAAUUCUGUUUACAUUUUUCUGUUCAUGGUUUUCUUUUUCAUAUUGUUUUUGGAUUCUUUUCUGGCAUACCGAGUUAUUCAGAAAUGAUGGGGUGUCCCAGUGGCUUGCUUAGGAGUUGGUUCACUGAAUUUCAACUUUAAUUAUUGUAUUAAAAGAAAGGAUGCUCCGCUAGCUUAUUAAGAAAGGAAACUCCACUAGCUAAAUCCAGCUGGUGAUUAUUAUCCGAGUUCUAAGCUUUCUUUGGCUUUCUCUUCUUGGCUGAUUUUCCAUUGCUUCUUAUUGUCCUUCAACAAAAUGUAAGGAUUGCUGUCUAGUGAUAGAUGUCUGUUAGCGUUUCACCCUUAAUAUCUGGACUUGUAUUUUUUUUACUUUAUUGUGAAUUUUAGGGUUCCGUUUGUUUUAAAUAAUAUUGAUAAACCAUGACACAUAUUAUUAGAUUUCAAUCAUGCAUUGUAUGCAUUGUAUAAUAGUUCAGUGUCUUACCAUUUUA